AUGUUUGAUUCCUCUCUGCCUUCUGUGGGAGUGCCCUCUGGAUCACUUGUUAAUAUAGUGCAGAGAGGAUUGCUCUACAUAGACACUGAAGCAAGAGCUGCUAAUAAUGAGCCGCCUGCUGAAAAUGGGAAUGAUUGUAAGAUGAGCCUACUCGAAGGAGAAUUCUGCGUUCGUAAACCUCUCUACAUUUCAGCUGCUCACCUGAACAUAUAUCCUGAGAUCAGCCCAGAGCAAAUGUUACCACAUUCGCCUACAGGUUCAGGAACUGAUGUAGACGUCGUUGAAACGCCGGCUGGCGAUGAAAAUAAACAAGCGAUCUCACCUAAUCCUUCUAGUACGAACCCCAUUGAAACUGGCCACAAGAGGAUCAGUCUCCCGAAUGAUCCUGCAAUGUCUGUAGAGAUAUUGUUGGGAUAUUUCGCAGAACAAAAGAAACGAAGUGGGCCACUGGAGUCUCUACCGAAUUUGAAUAUAGCUACGCUCUCGAACACAUCGAAAGUCAAAAAGUCUCAAGAUGAGAGAGAUGUGUGA